AUGGCACACUGCCUGAUAGGCUUCUUACAGAGGAUCUCGAACCCCAAAGAUUCGAUCAGUCUCCAAGAAGACGAUACUGGUGAACUCGAUGAUGCACGCAGCGACUGGACCACUACCGAAGAUGAAGAAAGUGAAGAAAAAAUUGAUAUCAGCCAGGAUGACGGAUCGAUGAACAGUGACGAAAGCGACGUUGUUCAAGUGGGCCAUGCGGACAGGCCUUGUGACACCGACGACAAAGCUACAGUGACGAGCACUCCAGGAACAAAUGGUCAUACCGAGUCCAGAAAUAAUCUGAAUGCUUUGGGGUGGCCAAAGAACACAAGGAUUGACCCGUGGAUGGCUGCGGUCUGGCAAAACGCCGCGCGGAGCCCUCUAUGCGGACUGCCCGACCCUAUACUCCUCAACAUAAUACAACGACUCGACUUGGCGGCAAUAUGUCAGCUCCGGCGAGCAUCUCGCGAGUUCCUGUGCCUAUUCUCGUCUCGCGAAUUCGAAAAGUGGUGGUAUAAGGGCAGCGAGUACGAGUUCCUAUGGCCAUCGCCAGUGCAAGCGCCAGGUUCGGUGGACGCGUUAAAGUCUGGAGCACCGAAACAAGCGCGCGACCCAUGUCCGUGGUAUCAAGGGCCAGAACACCUGGACCUUAUGGGUUGCUUCGACCCUGAUGUUUGUCUCUGCCUGCAUUACGAAGGCAGAGAGAGAUUCGAACCUUUGCUUCACCCAAAAGCACCGAAAGCCCCGAAUUGGCUGAGAGACUGCCCUCGUAGCCCUGAUGGCCAUGACAAUCACAAGUGGGCAAAGAAUGAUCUGUCCUGUUUGCAGUCCGAAUUUCGCCGCUGUGGCAAGCACAAAAAGUGUUACGAACUAGCACUUUUUCGUUCAUUUGAGGCGAUGGAUGAUCAAGGACGACCGUUGGCGCCUUCGAGCCCUGGGUGGUACCUUGUCCUGGACCCGACGUCUCACAACCUCACCGAGGACAACGAGUUUAAGGAGGUCACAUGGUGUGAAGACCAGGCUUGUAGGAACUACUACAAGCUCCGAGAGCACGUCAGCCUCGAGACUGUGUAG